AUGGUGCAAAUCAACGAAGUGAAAGAGACACAGCCUAAGGAAAGUAGGACUGCUGCACACACCCAUAUUAAGGGAUUAGGGUUAGAUGAGCACGGAUUAGCUAAAAAAAUCGAAGGUGGAUUUGUUGGACAAACCGAUGCGAGAGAAGCAUGUGGAAUCAUAGUUGACUUGAUCAAGGCUAAAAAAAUGGCAGGAAAGGCUAUUUUACUUGCUGGUGGCCCAGGAACAGGGAAGACUGCGCUUGCUUUAGCAAUUUCUCAAGAGCUUGGACCAAAGGUUCCAUUUUGCCCUAUAGUAGGUUCAGACUUGUUUUCCGCAGAGGUCAAAAAGACGGCAGCGUUAAUGGAGAACUUCAGAAGAGCAAUCGGUUUAAGAAUCAAAGAGACUAAAGAAGUUUACGAAGGUGAAGUUAUUGAAUUGACACCAGAAGAAGCAGAAAACCCGUUGGGAGGAUAUGGGAAAACUAUCAGUCAUGUUAUAGUGGGUUUGAAAACGGCAAAAGGAACGAAGAGCUUAAGAUUGGAUCCUAGCAUUUACGAAAGCAUUCAGAAGGAAAGGGUGGCUGUUGGAGAUGUUAUGUAUAUCGAGGCUAAUACUGGUUCAGUGAAAAGAGUGGGUAGAUCUGAUGCUUAUGCCACAGAAUUUGACCUUGAAGCUGAAGAGUAUGUUCCUUUGCCUAAAGGUGAGGUCCACAAGAAGAAGGAAAUUGUGCAAGAUGUCACUUUACAUGAUUUAGAUGUAGCGAACUCCAGGCCGCAGGGUGGACAAGAUGUCCUUUCAAUGAUGGGUCAAUUAUUAAAAUCUAAAAAGACUGAAAUCACUGAUAAAUUGAGGACCGAAGUUAACAAAGUAGUCUCCAAGUACAUUGAUCAAGGCGUGGCAGAGUUGAUUCCUGGUGUUUUAUUCAUAGAUGAGGUUCACAUGCUAGACAUUGAAAUUUUCACCUACUUAAAUAGAGCGUUAGAAAGCGAUAUUGCCCCUAUUGUUGUCUUAGCUUCAAACAGAGGCAUGACAACUAUCCGAGGUACUGACGAUAACAAGAAGUCACCUCAUGGAUGUCCUCCAGAUUUAAUCGAUAGGUUAUUAAUUGUUAGAACCUUACCUUACAAUCAAGAUGAGAUCAAAACCAUUAUUUCAAAGAGAGCUACCUUAGAAGGCGUAGCAAUCAGCCCUGAGGCGUUAGAAAAGCUAUCCAGAGAUGGAGCAAAUAUUUCACUUCGCUAUGCAUUGCAACUUUUAGCUCCUGCUGGUGUCUUGAGCCAAACAGCGGGUAGGAAUGAAAUUGCCAUUGAUGAUGUCGAUGAGUGUGAGAUUUUAUUUUUAGACUCGAGACGUUCAAUAAAAGUUGUAGAAGAAAACAAAGAUUAUCUUUAG